AUUUUGUUUACAAAUGGCUACGAUUUUUCAAUUUUGCUGAUUCGGGAUCUGUCCACAUAUAAAAUAAAAACAAGAACAACUGCUAUUGACAUUAGACAUUAUGACAUGAUGUACAGACGAUUGGUUUAAUUUGCUGUCUUAGUUUCAAGCUAAAUGAGAACUGCACCAAUAGCUAAUUACAAAUAACUGUAUUCUCUGCCAUCUACCUGGUCCUGCCUACUUAAUUAUAAAUAAUCAUAAUAAUUUAUAAUAAAAUAGUAGUAAUAGCAAUAGACUGCAGUGGAGGCCUACUGAUUAUUACUAUAGUCUAUAUUUUACAGAUGUAUAGUAUAUUUUAUGGUAUAGACAUAUAGAUUUAGAUGCCUUCUUGGCCUGUAGUAUUCCAUUCCAAUAUUGGCAAUAUUGGCCAAUAAUUAAUUCAAAUAGUGUCUAUGCAUAAUUAUAAUACAGAAUAAAAAUAUUAUUUAUCAAGUACCGAUUGCAAAGAGUGAGCAUAGAUUUAAAGAUUCCACUUUAACUUAUUAACUUUAAAAGGAACAAAUUACACAGAUUUCAUAACUAUACUAUACACAACUAUAAAUACAACAAUUUCAAACUUGAACAAUGUCCAUGAGAACAAAAAUUCGUGGCAUGACAGCAUGGGUUAAUUUUCGCCUAUUGCCAUAUGACCACCUCAUGUCGAAUGUUUUGAUGGAUUUAUUGACUGGAACAGGAAUGAAAUAUCUUGUUAAAAGUAUCACAGGGAGAGAUAUUCAAAGAGUUGAUAACAUGGAUGGGUAAAAAUGUUCAUCAUUUUUUCUUAAUUUCUCAGCUGUAUGUCAUAUACCCAGGCUAGAGUAGAUGUAAAUAAUCAGAAAGGGAAUUGGGGGCCAGUAGUUCCACAGUAAUCCAAUAUUAAUAAAUUUAACCUUUUUUUUUUAACCCAAAUAUUUUUCAUCCUUCUGGCCCUAUCAAAUAGACACAUUGUUGUAGGAUACUCAAAAAUGCCAAUGCUGUCCUAUAAUUAUUUAGCAAUUUAUGUGAAUCCUAAUAAAGAAUUUGUUUGAAUCACUCAUUUGUCAUUUGUGGUCUCUUAGCUGUUGACAGUUUCUUUAAAAAGAAUGCCUAAAAGAUCAAAGAGCUUAAUAUAACUAUUCAUUGUUUAGGGUCUUAAGUUGUUAGACAGUAAAACAAUAGCAUUUUUAAACAUAUAUUAAUCAUAAUUUUGGAAUUUUAAAUGAUUUAAAAUGAAAAAGACAUAAUAUUUGAGUUAGCAUCUUUUUUGCUGAUUUCUUCUGAAAUCUGCUUUUGCUGACAUACAUUAUUUCAAACCUAAUUAUCUGUUAAAUUUUUCUAAUGAAAACUUUUAAAAUCUUCUGAGCAAGCUCAUUUUAAAAACAUACAGACAAAAUAAUGUAAUUGGCGUAAUAUGACUUUUUAAUUGAAGUAACACGUCUGAAUGCAAGCAAUCAAAAAUAGAACAACAAUGUCAAUUCUUUUCAGAAUUACACAUUAGCAGUUGAAUAAACUUAAAUGAACUUAAAUAAACAUAAAUAACAGUAUUGCCAUGAUUGUCCAUCAGGUGACAUUGACCAUAACAAUGAAAAUGUAAACUCAAUAAAAUUCAACAAAAUUUUUUAUUAAAAUGUGCAGAGAAUAUUUUAUUAAUUCUAGAUGGCCAAAAGUUCAUGUGGCACACAAACAAAGAUACUAAAAAUGACACCAUAUAUAUUUAUAGCACCAAAUUUUAUGACAUUUAAUUUUAGGAUGUUGUGUCGACUUUUACAUGGAAUUCAUUAUAUCUGUUAAUUUCUCACAUAUUAAUAUUAAGAAUUUUUUUUACCAGUAAUUACCAACUUAAAAUUCAGAAUUGAUUAUUUUUUUAUUAUAUCAAUUUAUCUUGAUAAAUUGUAUAGAUAAAUCCUUUUUCAUUAGCCUAAAUCCAUGUUCAUUUGAUCAUUAUUUUUUUCAUUACAAUUCCUAUUUAAUUUUCCAUGUCAUCUUUGUGUAUAAUAUUAUGUACAAUUAGGGUUUUUUUGGCCUUAAUUCAGCUUGACCACUCAACAAGUUCAGACCAGGGUGAACUGGGUGGUUGAUGAGCUAAAGAAAUGUGAUGUUUUACCUCAAGAUGCGUAUGUGGAUUCUCGAUUGUUUGCAAUGAGAAGCUCAGAUCAAGUGAGUUUUUUAUUAUUUUUAUGUUGUUUUUCUUUCUUUCAAGCCUAAGUUGUACAACAAUAAAAUUACAUAAGUUGAUUUUUUUCUUGAACAGAAAUUAUUUUUUUUAUAUCAAUCAUGGCAAGAAUAAUUUUAAAGAAAAAUUAUUCAUUUUUAAAUAGGUUUUUGAUUUAUUGUGGAGGCUGAUCAGCCAUGAUAUUUGGUUUCUGUGGGAAAGAGUUGAAUUCUUACAGCAAGAUGACCCAGAUGUUAUAACGCAAGUCCCCUUUAAGGUAAUUCUGCUAUGAAUUUCGCUUUUUUCGGACUAACUAAUAUUAAAUUAUUUCAACAUAGGUUUCUUUAUUUUGUUUGUUGGCUCCAAGCUAAUGAUAGUUAAUUAUUUUGUAAACAAUGAUGAUUUUAAGAAGAAAUUUCCCUCGGUCUGUGAAAAAGAAUCAGUUGGUUUACACAUGAUAUGCCUGUAUCAUGCAGACAAUGUGACAUUAACUUGACAUGAAUAAAUACUGGCCUCUCAAAAGUUAAAGAUGUUCUGUCACAAUAAUUUUUGUGUAUUUCUUGAUUUCCAUUUAUUUUAACCAACUACAGUAAACUCUUAAAAUUAGUUUUUAAAAAGUAACCAACCAAAUACCAUACAAAUCAAGUCCCAGUGGCAAGUAGUGGUCCUAAAUUAUUUCUAUUUCUUUUUAUACCAGUUGGCUGUUGUUAAAGUUUGAAAACCCCUGAUUUAGAAUAUAGAAUUUUGUUGCAAAAAUUUAUUGUUGCAGUUUUGCAGUUAAAAUUCUUCCUAUUUUAUAGUGGACACCAGAUCCUCCACCUCAUAAAAAGAAAAAGAAUCUUAAAAAGUCUUUAUUAUCAGGUUUUGGUGCAUCUGCAUUUGUGGAGAACAAAAAUGACAAUGUAAGCAUUGAGAUGUUAUUAAUACAUAAAUGUUGCUGACGAUUUUUUGCUGAUAUAAAACUACAUUUUUUGUGGUUGCUUCAAAAAAAACUUUAAACAUUUGUAAUGUUUUUAAAUAAGAUUGUUUAAAAAAAAUAGAUCUGCCCUAAUUAUUUAAUUUUAAAUUGCAGCAGACUGAACCAGAGUCCAAUUGGAUAAAAUUUCCCAAUUCUGAAUUCAUGAAAAAUUUUAAGCAAAAAAGAAAAGAUCCUGACAAAUACCCAUCCCCUGAAGCAUGCAUUUUAGAGAUUAUAAAUACUCAGCUAAAGGUAUGUUCAAUCACAAAAUUUAAUCUUUUUUAAAACAUUGGUAAUACUUUACAUGUGUCAUUUCAUUGGGUUUUUUUUUUGUGUGUUACCGGCAAAAAAAAGCCAAAUUAUAAUGCUUUAAUUUUAUUUUUGAUAAAAAGCAUUUUGCUAAAUUUAUUUAGUCAUAAAAUCAACAAUGUAAAAGAAUUCAAUUCAUUUGAUGUCCUUAAAAUUUUCAGAAAACUAGUGAAGGCAAAAAACUAGCAUGCUAUGUAAGUACUAGUGGCCCAAUUUAGUUACUGUUAUCUGUCCAUGACCAUUCGACAAGGAGGAUUUUGAACAAUCCAUUUUUACACUCUCAGAGACAAAGACUGAUAUAAUUUUAUAUUAAAUAAAAGUUUCAAAUAUUAAUUCAUCUUAGAUUUAUGCAGAAGAACCACUGUCACUACUUAGCUACCAUCACAAACAAAAGCAAAAAGCUCUGCACCAAUGUUGCAUUGAAGGAAUACAAUUGUCACUGUCACAUUAACUAUUGGAGACGUUUAUAAAAUAUCAGAAGUUUAAAACAAGAUCUGAUAUUAACUGUUUUUAAAUUAUUAUUUUUAAAAAGAGUUUGGAUGACCUUGUUGACAGUCGAGUUUUAUGCGCUUUGGUGAAUUCAUUUGUGCCAAACACAUUUACGACAGAUUUGCUACUGAAUGACAGGUAAUUUAAUUUAUGUUGCAUAUUAUUAACCUGUAAAAUAAACCUGUGAGGUAAAAUUGUUGGGAGAUCAAGAAUUUAAUCUUUAUUAGUAUUUUUUUUUUUUUACACGCUUAAACAUUAACUUACUUUAGCAUCUUUAGUUCACGCAAAUAAAGUAUUAUCUCAGCUUCACUGCAAAAUUGAAAAUUCCUGCCGAAGACAAUAGGGGACUGGAACAAGCUUCCAAAAGCAACAGUUGAGGCGGCUACACUCGAGACAUUUGUGUCUAUUGCCUCCUGCAUUCCAACCCCCAGUUCAUAACACCACUGCUGAGUCGCCCUUGCAACCAGUGAAGCAUCCCAUUGAAACCCAUGGACAGUAACAUCGCAAACCCCUCUGAAACAUAGGAGCCAGAAUGAUCAAUUCAUUGAUCGUGUGCCCUUAAAAUAAAGAAGAAGAAGAAAUAAAGAAGAAGAAGAAAAUUAGGCCUAAGUAAAGCUAUUAUUUUCACAUACACAUUUUUAAGAUCUGUUUAUUUUAAUGUCGGGUCAUUACUAUUCCAGUAUGUAGGACUAUACUGUGUUAAAGUAGCAUAUGUUGUGAGAGGGCUUUUAUCUUUUAAAAAUGGCUAUUGUUUCAGGUGGACAGUCAACUUAGUUUUGAGGACAGCAGAAAAAAUGCUCUAUGCUGACACCCCAUUCAGUUCAGAGGAUUUGGCGGAAGUCAGUAAUUUUAAAAAGAUAAAAACUGAAUAAAUUUAUUCUUAAAUCUUUAAAACUGUGACUCAUCUAUUGAUGUUACAGACUCAUCUAUUGAUGUUACAAUAUCUAUCUGUACCAGAUUCUUCAAAUUAUUUUAUCUCAGCAUCCUUUCUCUUUGUUCUCUCUCCUUCUCUCUCUCUGACUCAUCUAAAUAUAAUUCCCCAUCAUUCCGCUAGGUCACAAAGUUGACAACCCAACUUAACUAUGUGACAUCCAAUUUGGAUUCAACUCUGAUAAAAUUCAAGUGUUGAAAUUUAAUUUUGAAAAAUAGAUUUAAUUUCAGGAAAAGCAUUACAAGAAAAAUCCCAUAAUGCAUUAUUUUCAAAUAUGUUUGUUAUUUCAAGGCAGACGGCAUGGCAGUUACAUCAUAUUUUACAUUUCUCUUCAUGGUGGCAUUCAAGUACAGGCAGUGUCAAAUGGUUGCAUCAAAAAAUGUAAGUACUUAUUCAUAUACAAUUGACUUCCUUACGCCUUUUACCACACCCGGAAGAUAGGCCGUCUGCAAGAGUUUUCCCAUUCAUCUUGAUCCUGUGCUUCCUUCCUACGUGCUCCCAGGUGUAUCCCAUACUUUGUGUGAUGGCUCUAGCUCCAUGUAUUCUUUGGCCAUCUUCUCUCCUCCUGUACAUGUCAUUGUAAGCGUUGUGAAAUAAAUCAUUCUUGUCUAAUGUUCACAUUCUUUUUUGCCCCAUGUCAGUGUCUAUUGAUCACAUUCUUGUUUGCCCCAUGUCAGUGUCUAUUGAUCACAUUCUUUUUUGCCCCAUGUCAGUGUCUGUUGAUUAAAUUCUUAUUUGCCCCAUGUCAGUGUCUGUUGAUCACAUUCUUGUUUGCCCCAUGUCAGUGUCUAUUGAUCACAUUCUUUUUUGCCCCAUGUCAGUGUCUGUUGAUCAAAUUCUUAUUUGCCCCAUGUCAGUGUCCAUUGAUCACAUUCUUGUUUGCCCCAUGUCAGUGUCUAUUGAUCACAUUCUUGUUCGCCGCAUGUCAGUGUCUAUUGAUCACAUUCUUUUUUGCCCCAUGUCAGUGUCUAUUGAUCACAUUCUUUUUUGCCCCAUGUCAGUGUCUGUUGAUCAAAUUCUUAUUUGCCCCAUGUCAGUGUCUAUUGAUCACAUUCUUGUUUGCCCCAUGUCAGUGUCUAUUGAUCACAUUCUUGUUUGCCCCAUGUCAGUGUCUAUUGAUCACAUUCUUGUUCGGCGCAUGUCAGUGUCUAUUGAUCACAUUCUUGUUCGCCGCAUGUCAGUGUCUAUUGAUCACCUUUUUGGUUGCCCAGUGUCGACACAAACUGUUAUUUUGCUUCCACCACCGACACCUACGUGAAGACCCUAUGUACCCACUAGACAACUCCGCUCAUCUGAUAGUGGCAAACUCUCUAUACCACAUGUUUGCCUUGAGACUUACAAGGGAGCACUUUAGCAUUUGCUGGCCCAACAAUUUGGAACACCCUGCCUGUCGCUAUCAGAAACAGCCAGACACUGGAGUCUUUCAAAACUGAUUUGAAGACUUACCUUUUUCGCAAAUACCUGCUGGGGUGAUGUUGACUAUCUAGCUAUUAUCUUUUAGAUGUAUAUUGGCCUGUGUUGUUUAUGGUUGCAAGAUAUGAAAGACUUAGAAUGGGUAUUCUUGUUAUGUAGUUUUGUAAUGUUGAAUUUUAAACUUCAAUGUGGUAUGUACCACGCUUCGAGCCUUUGGGGAUGAAGCGUGAUUUUUAAAUAAUCUUUAUUAUUAUUAUUAUUAUCUAAUGAUCACAUUCUUUUUUUGCCCCAUGUCAGUGUCUAUUGAUCUCAUUCUUGGUUGCUACAUGUCAGUGUCUAUUGAUCACCUUCUUGGUUGCCCCAUGUCACUGUCUAUUGAUCACAUUCUUGUUUGCCCCAUGUUAAUUCUAUUGAUCCAGUCUUGGUUGCCCCAUGUUUAUGUCUGUUGAUCCAGUCUUGGUUUUGCCAUGUCAGUGUCUAUUGAUCACAUUCUUGGUUGCUCCAUUUCACUGUCUAUUGAUCACAUUCUCGGUUGCCCCAUGUCAGUGUCUAUUGAUCACAUUCUUGAUUGCUCCAUUUCACUGUCUAUUGAUCACAUUCUUGGUUGCCACAUGUCAGUGUCUAUUGAUUAACUUCUUGAUUGUCCCACGUCAAUGUCUAUUGAUCUCAUUCUUUUCACUAUCACCCCAGGAGAUACUUCAAAAUUUACUCCAAGAGAACAGUAAAACUUUGCAGAAGUGUCCUACCAUAGUAUCUAAUGCACAAGAGCUUCAGCUAAGAAAAGACCUAAAGUCACAAAUUGAACAUUUGAAAGAGGGUAAUUGACUUUUAUGUAUAUUUUACAACUUUAUUUUUUUACACUAAUGGCUUUAAUAAUUAAUAAUGUAUAGGCUAAAGGAAUGUACAUUUUUUGUUAUGGUGGUGUAAUUUGGAAAUGUAACUUUAUAAAAUAAGUAUUUUUAAUGAAGGAGUUUUUUUCUAUAUCUUAAACAAUAUCAUUUUUUUUUCCUUCAGAAAUUGACAGUUUGGCUCAUCAUUUUGAUAUUAAAUACUGUACACAGUGGGUAAAACAUGUACAUAGCAUUCAACUUGAGGUACGUUUGAAUAUUACUAGGGGACUGGUCCAUCCAACAGUCAAAAUAUAACAAUUAGUUAGUUAAUACAAAUGUAACAUUAUAAUCUAAAUACUUAAUAAAGAAAAUAACAUUUAAAAAAUUAAAAAAACAACCUACAAUCCACAUUUUUUAUUAAAUUGUAAUAUUUUUAAUCAUAUACAAUUUACUGCAAGAGAGGAAUUGUAUUGAUGUGUGUGUUAAGCUUGGGAAAAGCUAAAAUGUUUGUUAAAUACCUUUAGCAAGGAUUUGUGAUAUAUGGGCGUUACUGAAAUUAUUUUAAAAAAAAUUAUUCUUGUACGGUAUUUGGAAUGAGCUUUUUUUACAUAAGUGAAUAUUUUAAUAGUUUGUUUUUUUGUGAAUUAAUUAAAACAAUGUUACCAAUUUAACAUACUUAAAUCAGACAGAUAUUUAAAUUUAUUUUUGAUAAUAAAAAUGUUACAUUUUAUUUUUAAUAUUAACCACAAUUUAUUAGGUCAGGAAAUAUGUUAAAGAUUUCAUGGUGAGAAAGUUUGAUUGUGUCACAGUUCCAAGAAACAUCACCAUCAGUGACUUGUGCCUUUCAUAUGUUAUUAACCUGGUGAGAUUAUCAAAACAAUUAUUUCACUCUUUAAAAGCACUUACAUUUCUUUUUGUUUUACUAUAAUUUGUCAAUGACCUAGGCUAGAACUAUGUAAAAAAAAAAAAUUCACUCAUGGCACACCUAAGGACUUUCCAAGAAUUCUGCAGCACGCCACAAGUAAAAGCAUGCAAAAAUAUAUUUAAUAACACAUGUAGUUAACGUUUAUUAUGCCGUGUAAUGCUGAAAUUUAUUAUCUUACAGUGCAUUGUUUCAUAUUGACUGUCUGUACUGGACACAUUUCUGUUUACCAGACUUUGACAGCUUGUCAACAAUGUCCCCUUUGUAGUGACAAGGAUUAUUUAUGUACCUACAUAUACUUUGUGCUUGGCUCACCUGUCAUUGUCUCGCAGCACUACAGUUUAGAACUAGACCCCCUGCAUGUUGUACAAAAUAAAUUUAAAACAGUCUAUUUCUUUCUUUCUGCUCAUCCAGAUAACAUUCGUCAUUGGUAAUUAAUGGAGUGUACUAAAUCAAUUUUGUCCUGAAUUGUGAAAGACUGCAACAAAAGAUUCAAUAAUUUAACCGUAUACAUUUAUCAAUAAAAUAUUGAGAUUGUUACACUAGAUGAACUUUUAGUAAUUUCAUGAGGUUUGGUUUUGUUGUGGCUGAUCUAGUGACAAUAGAAGAAACAAUAUCCCAUUUAAGAACAACUAUUAUUUGUAAAUGUAACAUACUCUGCUUUACACUUGCAGAGUCUUUCUAAAGGGUCUGGAUUCUACCUCUCUGAAGCAUGUGAAACCCUAACAGAUGGCCGUCGCCUGGUACUAAAAGUUAAGGAAACUGGAGAGUUCAUUGAUGACUUUACCUCAAAAAACAAAUGUAAAAGUUCCUGUUUGUUCUAUUCUCUAAAUUAUACCAUAAAAUGAAGUUAAGAUUUCUCUAGUAUUUAUGAGAUCAUUGUUAGUUCUGUGAAGCACAUGGCAAUAAACAAUGGAGUGCAGCUCAUCCAACAGCCUUUUUGAAUUCUUUUCAAUUUCAGGCUUGAGAGGAAUUGUGAAUUAACUUUAAGCUCAAUAAAAACAUCACAUUGCUAUUUAUUAUUUGUAAAUAUUUUCGGGAAGAUAAGAUACUUUUAUUGAUCCAAAUUAAUGGAUUUUUUUUUUAUUACAUUGUCAGACCUGUUUACCCUUAAACUCUUAAAAUCGUACAAUAUCAUCACAAAAUCGUUCAGUACAUGAUCUUAAUAGUAAAAAAUAAACAUGCAGUAUAUAUAAUGUAUACAUCUUAAAAUCGUACAUUGUACGCCAAAAUCGUAAGAGUAAACAGGUCUGCAUUGUACAUAUUCAUUUCCAGCUUAUAAAUAAAUAUAUAAAUAAAUAUAUAUUUAAACCAAGAAAAAUUUUUACAAAUCAUAACAAUUAAAACACCAGACAUCUGAAAUUUUUCUCUGGGGUAGAAAUAAUCCAAAAAUGAACUCCUGUAAGGACUUUAAAGUAAGCACAUUAUUUUCUCUUUCUUCUUCAUCAAGUGUCAAUCAAACAGUUACUUGGCAUUACCAAAACAGCUCCCGUGGAUAUCAAUCCAAAAAAUUAUCCCAAGUAUGAUGUAGGUAUAUAUAUAUAUUCUAUCAGUGUACAUUUUGAUGACCUUGCUAAUUAUGGAUUUUGUGUGGAAUAAUUUUGGUAUAGAAUUGUGUAUAAAGCCAGGCCCAGAGCUUGUACUGGUAUAAUGCUUACAACUGAACACCGGCUAGAAAUUAUUUUGCACUGUCAACAUGGCUUGAACAUAAUUACCCAAUUUUUUAAAGAAUUCUUUCAAAAUUGAGAAACAGAUAAUUUUUUAAAAAUAAUAAAAAAGGAAUAACUGUCUUUCACUUUUCGAUGUGGCAAAAAAGAAAGGAAGUGGGUGGAGGUUUACAUUGGGUGGUAGUCAGUAGGAUACAAUACAACUUUAUUGGUGAUCAGGGAUUUAAAUCACAGGACAGCCAGAAAUAAUCUCAGCCAAGGAAUGCAACUCACCCACACACCCCCCAUCACCCCCCCCCAACCACACUAAUUUCUUACACCCACCCCACCUUACCCAAUCAAAGGAAAACAAAGCUAUGGGAGAUAAUCCUUACAAAUAAAUGCUUAUUAGACAGUUACUAAAUAAAAAAUAAUACAGUAUGCUGAAGUUGAAAAUACUGACACACAAUAUGAGAGAUGUUAUACUUUAUGAAUUUCCAUUUUAAUUAAGGCUUCUUUUUUUAAAAAUUAAUAUUUCCAUCCUCAGUAUCUCAUUUAUCAACUAUUAUAAAGGUAUUAUUGCUGAUGUAUGGCAUGAGUUUUUAGUAAUUUUGAGGGACUUUUAUGACAUAAUGAAAAUAACAACCCAGAAAAACAAAUCUAGUAAAAUAUUAUGUACUAAGUUUUUGUUUAUGUAAAGCCUAUAUUUAACUGGUAGACUUUCUUGUCGUGUUUCAGUUUUAUUUUGAAGCUUUGAGUCGCAACAAAUAUUUGAAAGCUGGCAGCAUCUUCCUGUACCAAGUGUUUCCUGGCAACUCUUUGAGCUGGGAGCACAUGUUUAUUAAGGCUGCCAGAGAAAAUGAACUGGAUAGAGUUGAAAGAAUGGUGCAAUUUUUCCCCAGUGAUUUCUCAUUCAUCAAUUCCAGAGAUACAAAGACUGGUCAAACAGCUUUACAUAUGGCCGCCAGACAUGGGCAUUUUGUAAGAUUUGUAAAAUGCGUUUUUUCCCAUGAACAAAAAUUGCUUAUGGUUUUUAUGGAGAGUAAAAGUAGAAUUGAUAAAUAGUUACUUUGCAAUAUUUGCAAUAAUGUGUUCAAUAUUUGACCAAAAUCAAUUUUUUUUUAAAGAUUGCAUAUCAUCAUCAAGAUAUAAGUUUAUGACUUAUAUUACAAAAAAAAGGAAAGUAAAAAUGUGUGUUGAAUAUAAAAAUAUAUAUUGUAUUAUUGUGUUCAUAACAUUUUACAUUCUUUUUAUUUAUAUAUCUGGGCAAAAUUAAAUAUACCAGUAUGCUUUCUUUUCACUUUGAUACAGGACAUAGUUCAACUACUCCUUGAAAAUGGUGCAAAUAUUGAUGCUAAAGAUAAUUCAAAAUGCACACCAAUUUUCUCUGCCAUUGAAGGUUUACAGAAACCAAUUGCUCAUGUAAGCUUUAUAACAUAAUUUGUUCUCUCUGUUUACAUAAGUCACCAUGGAAUUCAAUCCCCAAGCAAUACCCAGACAAGCACCCAGGGUGGAUGGGACUCGUUAACCUUGGAUGGCAAGCUGUAUCAUCCCCACUUGAUUUUCCCUUCGAUUAUCAAGAGAGGGGAUUAGCUGAAUAGGGAACCCGCUUAUUCUCCUAACAAAAAUCCUUUGCCUUGUGAUUUCAUCCUGUGCUACCUAUACCAAAACAUUUACAAUCAAUAAAAUAAGAUAUAAGUUUGAAAAAAAAAUCUGAAAUUACAUUAACACAUUAACAGAUAUAUUGUUUUAUUAUUAGAGCAGAUUAAUAUUCUGUAUUUUGUGGCUUAAAAGACAUUAACUUUCCUAUAAAAUGCACCCUAAACCCAUUAUAUAAACCCAAGCUAAGUUACGGGAGUUAUAGACAAUGCUCAUGAAAGAAAUGUUUAUAGUGUUCCCCAAAUUAUUGUUAUUCACUUGCGACAAAAAAUAGAGUGACAGCUGGGUUUAAUGUUAUAUAUUUAUGGUAAGUGGCAUGCACUGUUCUGAAUUUUACAUGAUUAAUCAGGUUUUAAUGCUGAAUUAUGGAAUUCAAUUAGUAAAAUUGGGGUUAAUGGACCAUACAUGAAGUACACGGGAAAAAAAAUUCUUUAUUAUUCCUUAAAAAUUUUGGGUUGUCAAAUGCAUCAAAGUGUAUCUAAUUCAUGAAUUCUUCUAGAUAGGAUGACAGGGGGAGAGUGUGUUGGUAGUAAAAGGGUGAGGGGCGGCAGUUUUCAAUUCUUGCCUGGGGGGUGUAAAACAUUGCUAAAAACUUUAAAAUGGCCCUGUAAAUAACAAUAACAGAAAUCUCUCAAUAUCCUCUAAUGCUUUCAAAUUAUUGCUUAGUUUUUGUAUACUGUUUACUUAAAAAUAAUACAUUUUUUUCCUCCCUUCCAGUUAUUGUUGGAAUGGGGCUGCGAUGUGCACUGCAGAAAUUUAAAAGGACUUUCUCCAUUUGAAGCAGUGAAGAAUGAUGAAUUCCGUCAAUUUCUUGUUGGUACGUACAAAAUACAAAUAUUCUUCCAUUCUUUUACAUAAAAUAGUGUUGGAAUUCAAGGUCACUUAUAAGACAGCUCAAUUUAAAAAUACAAUAUUGUUUAUGAAGUCUGUGAAUUUAAUCAUACAAACCACAUUAGUUGGCCUAGAGUCUAUACAUAUUUUUUUUCUGCUUCAGACUUGUAUGAACACUAUUCCGCAACAGUGCCAAAGAUAAUGAAAGGAAGUAAGGAGGUGAUGGAACAAGCAAUCAGAGACCACCGAAGUGGGGAAAGACAAUUUUGUUCACUCCACAGCAGGUCAGUAUUUAAAUCACCUUUCAAUUUACCUUUUCCUUUGUUUAAAAGAAAAAGGUUGAUUUUUUUAAAAUCAAGUUUACAAUGAUUAUUGGUGCAUAUACCAAAUUAUUAUGGAUAUUCAUGGGAAAAGAAAAAUGAUAAAAUUUUCAAAAAAUCUAAUAUAUAGUUUUUUAAUUUAACAUGAAAUUCCUUUGACCUGCACCAAAAUAGAUACGGUAGCUUAUGUUUUAACACCCCCCACCCCCCCACCCAUUCAGUGUUCUCAAAUAACAUGUUCUCAGUUUAUUGAUAACUUGAAAUUCAUUUAAAAUGUCUGAUUAAUAAAAAGCCAUGUUUAUUGCUUCAGGUGUAUAAAUGGAAGUACCUUACUGCAUACGGCCAGUUUCUAUGGUUACCAUAACAGCAUCAGCAGUUUGCUGCAGAUGAAAGUCAAUGUUAAUUUAAAAGAUUUUAAAGGAGCAACACCCUUGCAAAGGGCAAAAGACCAUGAAACAUUGCUGGUAACACAGAGGCCUAUUUUAUGAUGUAUAACUUAUUUUGCAACAUUUUACAAUUUGAAGAAAAAUUAAUUAUAUUAUAAAAAAUUAAUCAUAUUUUGAAAAUAUAUAAAAUAUUUUUUUUUUUUCAAUAAUUUAAAAAAAAUUUAAAAUCCUCCUUUGCGUAUUGAGGUUAAGUUUCUACUUGCUAUGACCCUUUGUUCUGGAAUAUUCAGCUGCUCUUGGAAAAUGGUGCUGAGGUUGGGGUUGAAGAUGCCGAAGGGAAUACCUGCUUACACACCAAAUGCUACGGGGAGAUAGACAGACCAACAGACCUCAAGUGUAUUAGUUUACUCCUUGAAUGGGGUGCUAGUGUUUUGAAAAGGAAUAAGAAAGUAAAUUUUUUUUUUUUUAUGCUUUUUUAAAAAGAAAUUGUAACAAAAUUAAGAAUAUGUUUGUAAAGAAUCAAUGCUUAAGUUACUUUUCAGGGCUAUAUCAGUAAUGUGAUUUUUAACUCCAUUUUUUGUACUGUUGUCUCAUAGCAUUCUAAUAUUAGUAGCAAGUAGCAAAAUUCUGUUCCUGUGAUAGGAAUUCAGAAGUUUGAAUUAGGAUUCAAGAAAAAUGAGAACAUUUUAAAUCAAUGUCUUUGUGUUCCUUAUUUGAACUAUCAAGGGCAAUCAAAAUUUUUGUCAUUCUUUUUUUAACCAAUUUUUUACACCCCCCAGCAUCACAAAUCAUCAUAAUAAAAAAUACACUCUGACCAUACAUCAACAAAAAUAUGUGUAAAACACCCCCCCCCCCCAACCCCCCCUCUUUAGAUGUUGGACAUCAUUCAAGGAAGACACCUAUUCAAAAUUGUAAAAAUAUAAAUAUUUAUGUUCUUAUUAUUUCCUGCAGAAUCUCCUGCCCAUCCACUGCUGCAUAAUGCAAGGUCGUGUUGACGCUGCUGCAGUUCUGUUAGGCAGUGACAAGGAUCAAACCAUCUUGAAAAACUGCCAUGAAGAGACGACAGACAGCCCCCCGAGUCUUCUUUAUCUGGCCGUAGCAAACAACUUUUUAAAUUGUGCCCAGUGGUGAGCAGGGCUUAUUAUGUUGGGAUUACAUUGCAAUCUAUUCACCACUAAGACUUUAUAAUCCAGAAUUCAUUUUUAUUUCUACUGUCCCUGUGUUUAAAUUAGGACAUCUAAUAGAUUACACUAUCUUUUUUUUUUUUAAAUUUGGACAGAUUUUUAAUUAAAGUAGAGAUAUGUUUAUAAAAUUAUUCAAAGAAGUUUAAAAAACAAAAAGAAGCUCAGUUUCCCAAAAUAAGUAAAAUGUGUUCUUUGAUUUUAAACACCAGAGAUAUGUUUAUCCUUUCAGGUUGAUUCAGGAAGGUUUUAACUUCAAAGAGAAGGAACAAGAUGUUUUGCUUCAUAAAAUUUUAAUGGAAAAAAUUAAAGUGUAAGAUUUUGGUUCCAGUGUCAUUUAUAAAUGGGUAGCAUAAAAUACAGUUUAAGAAGGUCAAAAUGAUUCCUUGUUGUUUUUAAUUUGUUUUCAAUAAUGGUCAUUUGAAGAGAGCAUGGAUUUGCUUAGAUAAUUGGGAUGGGGAAGUUUCUGAUAGCAAAUUUUACAGAUAAAUGAAUACUGAUGAUACUGCCACAGAAAGAUUGUACUAAGAAGUUAGUGCAAAGAAAACAAAAUAUUUGUACUUUAUAAUAUAAAAUAUCCAUUUAGUGCUUUAUUGCAGCAUUUCUUACCUGUUUUUUGCUUGUAGCCCACUUUAAAUAUUACAUUUAGCUCUAUGGCCUGUAACUCAGCUGCUAGGUUAGUUCUAAAGGCAAAGAAAUAUGAUCACUUCACGCCACUCCACUACUUCACUCACUUCAUUGGCUCCCUUUACAGACACGCAUUGAUUACAAGCUGUCUGUUCUCUGUCACAACUUUUUCUCUGGCUCCUGCCCUUCUUAUCUUAUGGAACUUCCUGCUGUUUAUUCACCCCUUCGACAAAUUCAUACCUCCGCAGACAUAUAUCCUUUCUGUUCCCAAGACACGCACUAAAACAUACGGUGAACGAUCUUUCUCUUUCUGUGCCCCCAAACAAUGGAAUUCUCUCCCAUUACACAUCUGCACUAUACCAACCAUCCAAGCCUUCAAAACUGCACUCAAGCCACAUCUCUUCAAACUCUACUAUUCCGACUCAUUCUCACCACUCUCUGACUGAUAAAAAAUGCUUGAUGCUGCUGUGUGUCAUCAAUGGCUAGACAGAGGUAAAUAGUACUUGGGUGGGGAGGUCAAUAUUUUUACAAAGCUGUUUUUUAAUGUCAUGUUUCUUUUUUUUUCUUUUUGCUAAUUUUUAUGUGAAGCGCACUGAUCCUAGCCCUAGGCUGGGGUACCGCGCUAUAUAAGACCACUUUAUUAAUAAUAAUAAAAAUUUGUUGAAACUGUUCUUUUUAUAUACAUGAAGUCCUUUUUCAAAGUUCUUGUGGCCCACAACGAUAUAGGCUGUGGCCCCUGAGGGGGCUAUAUAACCCACAUGAGAAACAUUGCUUUAUUGUACAGUUUAUCAACCAUAUGGGAUUAUGAACAGAAACCAGUUGAUUGAUAUAAAAAAACCUGUGAGGACUGUAAUUUUUUCCUGCGAAAAGAGAUAGUUAAAAAAAAAAAGACUUUUGCUUACUUUAUCUUUGCAAGAAUGUAUUCUGCAAUAUAAAUUAAUGAACAAGUUUGCAGACUGCAUUAACCCAGUCUAGAUUUUACCAGGAUUGUGUGGCAGGGAUUGGAAUUAUUUUCCAUGCCAUGUGCAUGCACAUGAUAAUAGUAAUAAUUAAAGACAGGGGCUGUUCAGAUAGCCAAGAUUUUAGAUAAUCAGUGUUUGGAAAAUUGACACCUUACUGUAUUGUCGAUGGUCCUAAGACAGCAAUAUCAUCUAAAAUUAAUGGAACAAUCAUUUAUUAAUUCCAGAAAUAGAUGCACAUUACUCCUUAUUGUUUGUUUUGCUUUUUUUUAACCUUUUCUCUUUAAAACUCUGUGUAGUUCUUCUCGUGUGGAUACGAUUAAAUUCCUACUACAAAAUGGAGCAGAUGCUAAUCCUGUUUAUGAGGAUGGAAACAGCACUUUGCAUCAAGCGACUAUGCUGAGUGGACCCACUGAUGUUUUAGAGGUACUGUUAGCAUUUGGAGCCCAGGUGGAUCACUUGAAUAAUGAAGGAAGCUCGCCCCUCAUGAUGGCAUGUAAAGCUAGCAAUCCCUUGGCUGCACGUUUGCUCAUCAACAAUGGAGCCAACAUGAGGCAGAAAAAUAUUUAUGGUAGGCACUGACCAGCUCAUAGUUAGAAAUAGAAUAAACAAAAUUUAUCUCCCCCUCCCCUCCCCACACUUUUUUUUUUUUUUUUUUGCUUCGGUUAACGAAAAAAAAAAAUUGAAUUAAAAAAAAAAAUCACUUUAUGUUAUAAGUUGUACUAGUGAUGAGUUGCUAGUCUAUCAGUCUCUAGUUUAUUUAUGGAGACCCUGAAUUUUAUCACGGAUUUUCAUUUAUCAAAUUUAAUUUUUAAAUUUAAUUAGGUUUAAUAAAGGAGCGUUAAGUAGAUAUUGUUAAAAUAGGACAAUAAUUAUAUUAAAAUGUUAAAAUUUAAGAAUUCUCCAAGUGCUAUACAUUAAUAUUAUAUUUCAUCAUGAAUGGCUUUACACUCCAUGGAGUGUAAUGGCCUGCUCCAUGUUCCAGGAGUGUAAUGUUUACAAAGUAAUAAAUAAUAGGUUCUACUCAGUGAGACUCUCAUUGAGAGAGGAAAUAAUAAAUGAUUUCAACAGCGAGUGGGUGUGCAGGAUGUGAACUUUAAAACAAGUAAUUGUUAAUAAUUGUAUCUCUGUAGGACAUGCAGCAUUUGAUCAUAUUGAAGACUUUGAGGAAUGGAUCAACUCAGGAUAUUUUUCAGAUGACAUUGUUGCAAGACUGAAAGGUAAUUUAGAACAUUUUUCUUUCUUACAAACCAAAGCUUUUUAAUAAAUUUUGUAAAAGAAAUAAAGCCUCUAGCAGUUUUUGAAAAAAUGACUGCCGAUAAUAAAUUUUUUAAUAUUAUUUUUAAAAACAAAAGUGGAAAAUAAAUAGGCCUUAUGAAAUAUCUAUUUCAUUUUGAAAAAGCUUUACAAGAUUUUUUAAUUUUUUAAAUUCAACCACUGUACAUAUAUAUGCUAUCAAUUUUCAGUUAUAUCAUUGUGUAAUUUUUUUGUAAUAUCAGUAUCUACUGUCAAAUCCUCUUUUUCUCAGGAUACAAUCUGAAACAAACACGGGAUCUUAUCAGGUCCAUUUCGCAACGUGUUCAACAUUCGUUUCCCCAAAACAAUGCAAUCCCUCCAGCUCGGUCGCUUAGAUCAGCUAGCCAGCCAAGAAUAGGCUACAGGACAAUCAAGUCAGCACCCCCAGCAAGUAAUGGCUAUAGGGCCAUUUGUUCAGCCAGGUCUUUUUAUUCCUUGAAACCACCCCAAACUGCAUUGCCUGCCAUCAUGAGGCUACAAAACUAUUAAAUGGAUUUUUUUGUUCUAAAUUAAUGGUGCAGUAGAAGGUAGUGAGCGUCAUGGACAAUGAAGAUGGUUAAAUUAAAGUAAGUUAAACUGGUAUAAAUAGACCAGUGUUUCAAUGUGACUGUCUGGCAGGGGUUAGUCUACUUUGCAGCUAGGACUUGAGCUCAAUUGAUUGACUUUUCAAAUAUUUUUGAAAUCUUCAAUUUUGUAACCUCUUAUGGACCAGCAUCUAAGGGCUCACUGACUGGUGCCAGUCAGCUAACAUUUUAAGCAAUGCUUUAGACCAAAGUAGAAAUUAAUUUAUCAAUUUUAAUAUUGGUAACAAUAAUUUGUAUUAUAAUAUUCAUUAAUAUUAAUUUAAGUCUUGUGAAAUGAUGUUAUUUGUCUAGGACUGCUCAGAUUUGUAUUUUAUCCAAUGCUAGUGCUAGUCCUCAAUUAAAAAUGAGUAUUUUAAAAAUAAUUGUUUCAUCCCCAAUUUAUUCUUGCAAAACUGUAACUUAAAAAGAUGGCCCAGUAGUUAUGAUUUCUAGUAGUGUAAUGGCCAGUGUUUCUUUCAGGCAUGAUUUAAUUAGUGAUCGAGUCAUACACAGGCAAAUGUUUGAUUAAAUAUCACGGUUGUGAAGCAUAUUUUUUGGCCUAACGAUUUUGUUAAACAUUUAAUUAAACAGCUCAUUCACAUUUAUGUAUGACCUUCGUAGUAGUAUUUCAUGAUUUUAGUGUGGUGAAUUUUAAUUUUCCUUCGCCACAACUGUAGCCUUUUUUGGAAAAAAGGUUGCCCACCACUGGCUUAAGGCCUCCAACGUCACCUGGAUCCAUCUGGUAUUUAUUGUCAGGAUUAGUAAAACAUAGGGCGAGCCAAGAUUUUUACUGUUCCCUUUCCACAAAAAAACCCAAUUCAUUUGGAAAAAAACAGCGCCCCUCAACAUGUUUAAAAAAUGUCCCCUCCGCCCCAACCUUCCAACGCCAGUGAUCCAGCAAGGUGUCCCAAAACUAAGUUGACUUAAAAUUUAAGAAUCCACAUUUUAUAUAUUCCUGCAGUUUUCAAAAUAAAAAUUACUUAAACUUAAACAUAAAUAAAAUCAAUAAUAUGACAAUGGAUAUUGCAGCGAUACUAAAAUAUUACACUGGAGAAAGCAUGGCUAAUACAUUUUUUAACUACCAUACUAGUAUUUCAUAACUGAUCAAAAGAUUGAAUUUUAAAAAUUCAUUGUAAUGUACCGGUAAUUAGAUUUCAUGAAAAGUAAUAACUUUUUUUUAAAAGUGCAAAGUUUACUCUCAUUAAAUUUAUUUGACCAUUCUGUACAUUGAUGCAAUUAAUCUGGUUAUCAUUAGCAAUUACUCUUUUAACUUCUUGUCAUCCUCCACUUUUUGUCCCAAUGUCAUUCAAAAUUUCCAAAAAUAAAUGUCACUAACAAUGUGGGAGGCACAUGCUAGAGCCACAAAGGCUAUUUUUUUUAGAAAUAAAUCUUCAGUGCUAUCACUAUCAUGCCUUAAUGAUUUAUUUAUUUUAUAGGUGAAAUCAGGUUCAAACCAGAGAUCUAACUUUGAUAAAAAUGGAGGCAUAUGCAAUUUUGUUUAUUGUAUAUAUUAUUUAGUCUUGAGUGUUAAGUUAUGAACUAUUGAAAUAUCAUAACUUUUAUUCAGUGGGGUACAUGUGUACAAAUUUGUAUAGAUCAUGUGAAAGUUUUUGAAACAAAAUUAGCGAAGCUUGCGACACAAAUGAUGAAUUCAUGCAUCCACCUUGUCCAAAUGUUAACUAUAAAACUGUACUAACUAUAAAACUGUACUAGUAGUAAUUGAUAAUGAGGGGGGAGAGACAAUGUUCAGGUUGGGUAGAAGGAAGUAUGUAAAACAAGGUACGAGAAAACCUGAACGAAAAUACGCAACAAAACAACAAACAUGUCUGCAGAAACUUGGCAGAAUGCCUUCUUUAGCGAACAGGUACAAGCUUGUAAAGAUUAGUAGGAAUGGUCAUUUUAUUGUUUUAGAGUGUCAAAAACGAUCUAAUCAUUGGGCACUGGGAUGGAAGGAGG